AUUGUUUUUGCUAUAUGAAUCAUUAUAGAGGUGAAUAGUCAGCUACUACUGCGUUAUUCGGCAGUUGCUUGUACAGUGGAGUGCGCUUCAUAUACCACCUCUCCCCGACCACCAGCAACUUUUUCUCUGACUCCUCACAAAACACACCUCUCUCUUGAGAUGCCAUCCGCGCGAUGCUGAGAAGUACACUGGGGCCUCGGCGGCAGGCGUUCUGCAUUACAGCAGUUCUUGAACGCAGGCGUGCGUUGCUACUCGCAUCUCGACCGUCUUUGACGCAUCUAUCGACCCCGUCACCAUCCUCAUGCGGUCGUCGGGCAAUCGGCUCGAUCGCGAAAUCUAUCCUCAACAUGGUUAUGUCGGACUGGGAAACGGACGAAGCGAAGGCUGCGCGAGCACGCGAGAAGAAGAGCAAGAAGGAGAGCAAGGACAAGAGCAAGAAGGAGAGCAAGGAUGAGAGCAACGUGGAGAGCAAGAUUGAGGACAAGUUUGAGAGAAACGAUAUCCUUGAUCCUGAGCCCGACUUGCUGGAAGAAGAAGCGGAAGCGGUGCCGAAAAUUGCGUAUCCCAAGGAUCCUUAUGAAGACGACUUUUACAAAUUCUACGGCACGUUGCGCAAGAAUCUCUACGAAUCAAAAGCCAGCGCCGCUGAACCGAGUCUCUCCCCAAAACCAACAGAUCCAUCAGAAGGUCGAGGAUUUCAACCAGAAGUUGAAUUAGAUAUUGAUAGAGAAAUUCGAGAAAGGGAUGCCCGAGAACGAGAAAGAGCCCGAGAACGAAAAAGGGAAACCCGAGAACGAAAAGAAGCCCGAGCAAGAGAGCAAUCAAGAGAACGAUUACAUCACCAGACGGUCCUCUCGACAUCCGACCGUCUUCUGGCUUUCGAAAACGGCGGCGCUCUCGAUCCAUCAUAUGUCAGGAGGCCAGACGACGCAAAGCGAUUCAACGCUCUCCUCGAGCUAUGUGACGAGGCGGAACUGAGACUUCCAGAAUUAGUUGCCAAUUUCAACUCUGUCCUCGACCCAACAGUCAAACCGAGCGGGUCGAAAUUGCAUCCAAACAACAGAUAUAGUUCGCGCCAGAAGAGACUGAUGACACCCGCCGAGCCGACCGAAGAGCAGAUGACGAAAAGAGGCAAGGUACCGCGCGCUUUCGAUCUGCCUCUGGAGAUUCGGAAUACGAUCGAUAGUUUGGAUAUUGCCCAAAAAAGCGCAAACAGGAGACACGAUCUUGUCGCGCAGGCUAUACGGUUGCUGAUAAAGAUGACGCCGGUGCACUUUGCGCAAGAUCUCCCACGAACAGAGCUGGUGAUCCGCGCUAAUAAACGUCGGCAGCCGCCCGUGAUAAGGAGGGUGGAGACCAAUCUGGGACCAAUUCCAGACCCUCCUGAGGAAUUUACAGAGUGGUCGUUGAUCAGAUACGUGCACGAGCUGGUGAAUUACAACUACAUUGCAGUUGAUCCCACGCCGAACCGAUUCGGCACAGUCGCAAUCCGUCUGAUUGAGCUCUUCAGGCCCGGGAAUGCUGAGAUAAAGCCCCUGCUGUCAACGCGGGCGUACAACCUUGCGAUCUUGUACUUUGCCGAACACAAGGCCCCGAGACAGGCAGUGGCGUUUCUCGCCGACAUGCUUAAUGCAGACAUCGAUCCAGACACAAAGACGUUGAACUAUCUUCUCAGAGCAUGCGUGCAGGCGCGCAACCUCUAUUACGCGACCAGGAUUUUGUUGCUCAUGGACAGUCUUUCUGUUCGCGCAGACAAGGACACAUGGACGCUGAUGCUCAUGAUUGUCAACGGCACACGGCUUCAGGUGGAAGUCAUUCGACAGAUGCUUUUACAGGGAUUUGUCCUCGAUGGUGUGAUGCUGCAGGGCUUCUUUAACGAGAUUCAGAAAUACGUCCCCUUGUCGCGCAUCCUAGAGGCCAUAUCUCCCGAGAUGAUGAGGACAUUCAACCUCGCGACAUUGAAUUCGCUGCUUGACCGUAUCGUGCACGCUGACCUUGCGACCGCUUGGGCAUUUCUUCUGACGGCGACCUCGGUGCGAAACGAUCUGGAGCUGACGACGGCGACGCUCAAUAUCUUUCUCAGACACUUGUCUGCCAACCGGCGACUGGAGCGGAUGCUGGGAAUCCUGGCUACGUUCAAGAAAAAGUACAAGGUGGAGCCCAACGCGCGGUCGUUCCAUUACCUUUUCUCAUGCGCUCUGAAAUGCGGGUUCCACGUCAACUGCAACACCGUGCUCGAAAUGCUAUAUGGGAAAUUAUGCGACUCCGGACUUAAGCUGCGUCCAGAGACGGUUGAGCGCCUUACGCAGGCGCAACUGUGGUUUCACAAUAUUGGGAACAACAUUGAUCAGCUGAAGGUUUCAGAAGCACCGACAGUCCCUGCCGCUCGUCUCGCUGCGCCGUGCAAUCUGCUGUUUGACCCGUCAGAGAUCUAUUCAGAGUUCCCAUUCAGAAUAGACCUCACGCCGACGUUUGAGCCAGACACGCCCCGGUAUCGCCUGUGGACCGCGUGCGAGAAAUAUCUGGCGUGGCCGAUGACUCCGGACGCGUACAUGCCGCAGUUUGUCAGCACGUGCGAGAAACAGGCCGAACCAGAACUCGAUAAUUGGAAGGAGCGGUAUGUUCUGACGAGGGCGCUGGGGCUGGGCACGAUGUCCAAGCGCGAGCUGCGGUACUGUCGGCCCGUGCAGGGACUUGGAGUGUCGCGGUUGCUGCCGCUUGCGGACGAGAGGACGACGCGCAGUCACUGGCGCGGGUGGUCGCUUGAUCAGAAGGUGCUGCGUGGGAUACUUGCGAUGUCCGACGAGGAAUUCAGAGAGCGGUUUAGAGAGUAUAUACGGGUGCAAUGGGACAAACGGCAGGCUGAGUAUUGGUACGCAAACCAGGCCGAAAGGCAUACCAGCAGUGCUAUGUUUAUCAGAUUGCGGAUGGCAUACCAGACGGUCGGACUGGGCCUUACUACGGCUGCGGACGUGGACGAGGCUGAGCCUAGAGUGGUUGAUCGCUAGUAGUAGUGAAUACGUUUCCUUGUUGUAUAUUAUGGACAGAGAGUGUAUAUAUGGAGAUGAUUGGGAAUUUAAACGGCGGUUAGUGUAUAUAUUGCCAUAUCGGGAAGUAUAAUGAACAAGACAGCAUUAGUAAAAAGUCUUCAAGCUCUACUGUAGUCCAGUGCGAGUAGGCGUGUUAUUAUAAACUCAUUCAUCAUAUGAAAUGUAGAUGGUAUUUCUAAAUCGAGCAGAGUGGGCCGGUGGGCAGGUCAGGGCACGUGUCGAGGGGGCAGAUCAUCCACUGUCGAUCUCUCG